UCCUCCUCUUCCUCCACACGCUCUGGACCUUCGCCAACGUCGCCGCCAGCACGACGCACGCCACCGUCGCGUCUGACAUGCACCUCCACGACUUCACCGUUUGUCUGUCCGUCAGCCACAGCUUCCUGCUCCGCACUAUCCUCAACCUCAUCCUCCACAAGCCGCCAUUCCGCGCCAGCCUGAACUGAGGCGCGAUAAGGAACAAGGCGGCCUCCAUUGCCUGUGACCUGGCUCGGGAGUCUCCAGAGUUGAGCCGCCGGCUGCUACUGCCGAGCGACCCAGGGACCCCGCGCGACGUCGUUCCCAUCUGUCCCCGCCAAAGGCGUUACGUGAAACGACCGCCCCGCCGCGCACCGGCACAUGCCAUAACUAAGCUCUAUCUCAACAAGAGGAUGAGCCUGCCUUCUUCCAGCCCCCAGCCUGGAGCCAAUCACACCGAGUCACUAAACAAGGUGGCGGGUCUUAUCAAGGAAUGCUUCAAUGCUGGUGUAUCUCCGAUGUUGCUUGCAUCAGGUCAGAAGAAAGAUGGUCCUGGUGCUCCAGUCCUGAAGACCAAGAUUAGUAGCCUAACACAUCCUGCUAAAAACAUUGGCACCUCAUCAGUUCCAAAUGCAGGUGCUCCAGUCUCUCUCCCUGCCAAAACCUCUGGCACCUUAACUGCAACAGACGCAGGCACAAUUAAUACCACCCAGGGAAUUGUUUUGAGAAAGCAUCCGAGGACAGAGCACUCAGCUGCUCAGGAAGAACCUGAUCUGAAAAGGCAGCGGACAUGCACCAAACUGGCAACGGAUCUGCCGCAGACGAACUUGGAUUGAACUUCAUGGCGUAACUAAGUGGUGGCCAGAUUACUCCUGUUGAUAAGCUCCUGGUGUUGUAGAAUAGGUUGUUUUGUUGCUAUCUGCGCUAAGUUAUGCUAAUGAACUUCAGGGACCAAUGGUAUACUAUAUCUUGAGUCAGCGUACUCGUGUUGGUUGGUUUGGUCAGUUCUCAUGUAAUGCCACAAGCUCCUGUUAUAUCAUCAUCAGUGUCAAAUCUAUGAAUUUGUCCGUGCCAGCAAGUAUUCAUGUCGAUAGUUAAGCUGCUUUGCGUACUUACUAUGUACAAGUACACUGUUUUGAUUCUGCAGUUGUUUGCACUUGCAAAUUGA